GCUGCUUUAUAUUGCAAACUGGUAAACUGUUAGCACUUAUUAUAGGUAUUUACCUACAGUGGCUAAUGAAUUGGAAGUCACGGAUGUGCAAGAGUUGCGUUAUAAUGUGGUCAUUAAAAAUAAUGACUGUUAAACAUAAUGUCUCGUUUUUGGGAUCCGUUUAAUCUGUCUUGGCAUCUAGGAGAAACUCCAUCAAUGACAUCAUUCAUUUCGGGUGAGGCUGGGCGAGAGCUCGAGCAGGAAAGAGGUGGCACGAGGAAUGCUUUUGGACUGUUGAAACAUACAAGCUUGGACUAAGCCUGAAUAUUUCGAGCAGGUUUACUGUUGUUCAUUAUCAGUCUCUUAGGUCUGAAGGUUUUCUCAUAAUGAAGUGCUCUCUUGGACUUUUUCUGUUGGUCUGUUGUGUGACUCUUAGCUUGGGCGUUAAGCAUUAUGGAAUCCGAUUCUCCUCUGCAGGCUCGUCUCUUCGAUGCUACAAGUGUGAGGAUUACACCGGGGCACGGUGCGAAGUGCAGCAAGUUUGUUCUUAUGAGGACGCAUGUUUAUAUCUUCAUGAGAAAGGUGGGAAGACCAUUCGCCGGUGCAUUCGUUACACUGACUGUGAUAACUCUCGUCUGUCCCAGAAGUUUCCAUCGAUAUCAGAAUAUACUUACAGAUGCUGCAACACCGACCUGUGUAACAGUGGACCAGCGACCGCAGCAAGCAUGUGGACCUUAUCUCUGCUGGCAGUGCUCACCGGCCUCUGGUCCUGCUGCAUCACUGCAUGAUUUCUCACUAGUGUCCUCGAAAGCUAUUUCUUGCCAUACCCUUUAUGGAUAUCCAUAUAUUUACAAUGUACCAUUACUUGUGAUCGUUUGGUUUUAACUAACCACUCGUAUAUCAAAAAGCACUGUUUGUUGUAAACAAUUUUUAUUCUAAUACCAUUGUUUUCUGACUUUUUCUUUUUUAUUUAAAUUGUAUUUUAUUUUGGCUGAUAUUUGAAAAGAAUGCAGCAAAAUGUUUGAAAUUUUCAGAAAUCACCUUUUUAUGUAGUACCUUAUAUAUAACUAAUUAAAAAUAAACCUUGAUUUUCUGAAUUUA